CGGAGCGUUCGGAGCUCAGAAACUGCCAGCCGAGAUCACAGGCUGUAGGGCUGAAGCAGGAGGAGGGAAAGACUGGAAGGAAGAGAGACAGGUUAGAGGGAAAGAGGCUUGGGAAGAAAACAGCAGGAAAGAAACUGGUCAUCACACUUAUAGAGAGGCAGAUGGUGGUGGAGAUGAGGACAGAGAGACACAGAACUAUGAAAGCCAAAAAAUACAGAUAGAGCGAAAAGAGGAGAAAAUGCCAAGAAGAACAUCCAUCCGGAGAAAUGAAGAGAAUGAAAGUUUUAUGCUGCAGAGCCGUUCUAUGUUUUUCCGGCACAAAAUUCUCUUGCUGUUUUUAAGCCCUUUUGCAUUUGCCAGCCGUUGACAUUGAGGCAUGUUCAGCGGUGCCAGCAGCAUCUCCUCUUCCUUCUCCUCUUCCUCUUCAUCUUCCUCCUCCUCCUCCUCUUCUUCCACCUCCUCCUCCUUCUCCUCCUCCUCCUUUUCCUCCUCCUCCUUCUCCUCCCAUCAGCAAGAAGACAAACCGAGGACAGUCUUGAAAUAUCGAAAUUUCCUCCUUGGGAUUUGCCAGCGCCGCGUUGCGCCAAGACUGUCGGAAUAAAGGACGCUGACUAUUGUAUUAUUAUUUUAUUAAUUGGUCAGUGGGAAGAUUACAGAUGAGGAAAGGGGAUGCCUGUCACCCUUCCUGCGCUAAGAUUGAAAAAUGAGGCUGAUUUGGGGGAAGCCCUAAAAUGAAGCAAAAGGAAUAAGAUUUUUAAGGACAGAAAGCCACAGGAGCCCCCCACAUAGCGCACUUUUAUUUGUAUUUUUUUUCAGAUUUUUUUUUUUUUUCGUGGUGGUGGGGGAGGUGAUUGGGUGGCUGGCUGGCUGCGGGAAGCUGCUUCCUUUCCCUUUGGAGAUGAUUGUGCUAUUAUUCUUUGCCUUGCUCUGGAUGGUGGAAGGAGUCUUUUCCCAGCUUCACUACACAGUGCAGGAGGAGCAGGAACAUGGCACUUUCGUGGGGAAUAUCGCUGAAGAUCUGGGCUUGGACAUUACAAAACUUUCAGCUCGCAGGUUUCAAACGGUGCCCAACUCGCGGACCCCUUAUUUGGACCUCAAUCUGGAGACCGGGGUGCUGUACGUGAACGAGAAGAUCGACCGCGAGCAAAUCUGCAAGCAGAGCCCCUCCUGCGUCCUGCACCUGGAGGUCUUCCUGGAGAACCCCCUGGAGCUGUUCCGGGUGGAGAUCGAAGUGCUGGACAUCAAUGACAACCCCCCCUCCUUCCCGGAGCCGGACCUGACGGUGGAGAUCUCUGAGAGCGCCACGCCGGGCACCCGCUUCCCCCUGGAGAGCGCAUUCGACCCAGACGUGGGCACCAACUCCUUGCGCGACUAUGAGAUAACCCCCAACAGCUACUUCUCUCUGGAUGUGCAGACCCAGGGGGAUGGCAACCGAUUCGCGGAGCUGGUGCUGGAGAAGCCGCUGGACCGAGAACAACAAGCGGUGCACCGCUACGUGCUGACCGCGGUGGACGGGGGAGGAGGGGGAGGAGGAGGAGAAGGAGGGGGAGGCGCCGGGGGAGGGGGCCUACCCCCCCAACAGCAGCGCACCGGCACUGCCCUACUCACCAUCCGAGUGCUGGACUCCAACGACAAUGUCCCCGCCUUCGACCAACCCGUCUACACUGUGUCCCUACCAGAGAACUCGCCACCCGGCACGCUCGUAAUCCAGCUCAACGCCACAGACCCAGAUGAGGGACAGAAUGGCGAAGUCGUGUAUUCCUUCAGCAGUCACAUUUCGCCCCGGGCGCGGGAGCUCUUUGGACUCUCCCCGCGCACCGGCCGGCUGGAGGUGAGCGGCGAGCUAGACUAUGAAGAGAGCCCAGUGUACCAAGUAUACGUACAAGCCAAGGACUUGGGCCCCAACGCCGUGCCCGCGCACUGCAAGGUGCUAGUGCGAGUACUGGAUGCUAACGACAACGCGCCGGAGAUCAGCUUCAGCACCGUGAAGGAGGCGGUGAGCGAAGGCGCCGCGCCGGGUACAGUGGUGGCCCUGUUCAGCGUGACCGACCGCGACUCAGAGGAAAAUGGGCAGGUGCAGUGCGAGCUGUUGGGGGAUGUGCCGUUCCGCCUCAAGUCUUCCUUCAAGAACUACUAUACCAUCGUGACUGAGGCCCCUCUGGACCGAGAGGCUGGAGACUCCUACACCCUAACAGUGGUGGCUCGGGAUCGGGGCGAGCCGGCGCUCUCGACCAGUAAGUCGAUCCAGGUACAAGUGUCAGAUGUGAACGACAACGCACCGCGGUUUAGCCAGCCGGUCUACGACGUGUAUGUGACCGAGAACAACGUGCCGGGCGCGUACAUCUACGCGGUGAGCGCCACAGACCGCGAUGAGGGCGCCAACGCCCAGCUAGCCUACUCAAUCCUCGAGUGCCAGAUCCAGGGCAUGAGCGUCUUCACUUACGUGUCCAUCAACUCUGAGAACGGCUACUUGUACGCCCUGCGCUCCUUCGACUACGAGCAGCUCAAGGACUUCAGCUUCCAAGUGGAAGCUCGGGACGCCGGAAGCCCCCAGGCUCUGGCUGGUAACGCCACUGUCAACAUCCUCAUCGUGGAUCAGAACGACAAUGCCCCUGCCAUAGUGGCGCCCCUCCCUGGACGCAACGGGACUCCAGCGCGGGAGGUGCUGCCCCGGUCGGCGGAGCCGGGUUACCUGCUGACCCGCGUGGCCGCAGUGGACGCGGACGACGGCGAGAACGCCCGGCUCACCUACAGCAUUGUGCGGGGCAACGAAAUGAACCUCUUCCGCAUGGACUGGCGCACUGGGGAACUCCGCACCGCGCGUCGGGUGCCGGCCAAGCGCGACCCCCAGCGGCCUUACGAGCUGGUGAUCGAGGUGCGCGACCACGGGCAGCCGCCCCUGUCCUCCACUGCCACACUGGUGGUGCAGCUGGUGGAUGGAGCUGUGGAGCCCCAGGGUGGGGGCGGGGGCGGUAGCGGGGGGUCAGGGGAGCAUCAGCGCCCCAGCCGCUCUGGCGGCGGGGAGACCUCGCUGGACCUCACCCUCAUUCUCAUAAUUGCGCUGGGCUCGGUAUCCUUCAUAUUCCUGCUAGCCAUGAUCGUGCUUGCCGUGCGUUGCCAAAAAGAGAAGAAGCUCAACAUCUACACGUGUCUAGCCAGCGACUGCUGCCUUUGCUGCUGCUGCUGUGGCAGCGGGGGCUCGACCUGCUGUGGCCGCCAAGCCCGGGCGCGCAAGAAGAAACUCAGCAAGUCGGACAUCAUGCUGGUGCAAAGCUCCAAUGUACCCAGUAACCCGGCUCAAGUGCCGGUGGAGGAGUCCGGGAGCUUCGGCUCCCACCACCACAACCAGAAUUACUGCUACCAGGUCUGCCUGACCCCUGAGUCCGCCAAGACCGACCUGAUGUUCCUUAAGCCCUGCAGCCCUUCACGGAGUACGGACACUGAGCACAACCCCUGUGGGGCCAUCGUCACCGGCUACACAGACCAGCAGCCCGACAUCAUCUCCAACGGAAGCAUUUUGUCCAACGAGACUAAACACCAGCGAGCAGAGCUCAGCUAUCUAGUUGACAGACCUCGCCGAGUUAACAGUUCUGCAUUCCAGGAAGCUGACAUAGUAAGCUCUAAGGACAGUGGUCAUGGAGACAGUGAACAGGGAGAUAGUGAUCAUGAUGCCACCAACCGCGGCCAGUCAGCUGGUAUGGAUCUCUUCUCGAACUGCACUGAGGAAUGCAAAGCGCUGGGCCACUCAGAUCGGUGCUGGAUGCCUUCUUUUGUCCCCGCUGAUGGACGCCAGGCUGCUGAUUAUCGCAGCAAUCUGCAUGUUCCUGGUAUGGACUCUGUUCCAGACACUGAGGUGUUUGAAACUCCAGAAGCCCAGCCUGGGACGGAGAGGUCUUUCUCCACCUUUGGCAAAGAGAAGGCCCUUCACAGCACUCUGGAGAGGAAGGAACUGGAUGGACUGCUGUCUAAUACACGAGCGCCUUACAAACCACCAUAUUUGACACGGAAAAGGAUAUGCUAGUCAAUUCUACAGGAUUUACCUGAAGCAGCAUGAUUUGCACAAAGUCGACCAACAAAAGCAUCAACUUUUCAACUUCAUUAUCUUGGCCAUCCAGUUAGUUGUGUGUAACUGAGUAUUAGAUUGCCGGCGGAGUCAUCGUGGCCAAUUAUAGGACCUAAUUGCUCUCAGCAGGCCUGAGAAAUGAGUUGAAAUGUGCAGAACUGUAGAAACUUUAGAGGCAACUGAUUUUGCCUCUCCGAUCAGUGUGUGCCUGUUUACAGCACUAUAUAUCUCUCUCCAAAUGUCACUGAGCCCUUUAGAUGUUUAUAUUCACCACGAGAAGCCAGUCAUAGAGAUAAAGGAAAUUUGUGCAUUAUAAAUGCAAUAUCACUGUUUUAAACUUGACUGUUUUAUAUUAUUUUUGUGUGAUCAAGUGUUCCCCAAACUAUUCCAACUUUACAAGAGAGAUUGUGAUUAUGUUCUUUUCACCUGUGGGUUAUAAAAAAUGUUGUAUUCUGAAGACCCACAAAAUAUCAAAGACAUUCUGUAGUUUAUACACCGUGUUGCAAAGUGUUUACUGUACUAUUUCAAAGCUUCUAAAUAAAUAUAAAAUAUAUAUAUUAUAUUAUAUAAUUUUCCUAAAAUGUGGUACAACUCAGUUGGUUUUUAAAUGGAUUCAUACAGUCCACAUCAUACAGUAAAGUAAAAGGUAAUUCAGGGUCCCAAAGAUAAACUUACUAAGAAAAAAAAAAUCAUUAAUAAUUUCAUCCCAAUUUUCAUAUCUUACUCAACCCUGUUUUUCCUUGUUUAAAAGAAAAUGAAGCUCUAAGCUACAAAAUUUUGUCAAGAACUCAUACUGAAUUUUCAAUGCCAAAGAUAUAGCUGUCGAUGUUAUCAAAAGAGCACUGAACAUGUAAUAAUAUCAAAAUCUCUAACAGUCUACAUUCUUUCGAUUCUAUUUCUAUGGCUUUGAAUUUAGAAUCAUUUAAAGUUUUUAUAAGGAAUCUAUAAAUUCUCCUGUAUUUGUUGUUAGAAAAAAACAAAAGCAAACAUUGGGUGUCUGUACAUUUUGUGAUGUAAUAUCUGACAUUGAGAUGACUAUUUUAAGAAGUCCUCAACCAUAGAACUCACACGGAAUUUUAUUUUACAUAGUUUUACAUAGUUUUGUGUCUCCUAAUAACACAUGAAUAUAAAAUCUAUUUAUAACUCUAUAUGAAUAUAUAGAGAUAUAUCAAUAUCUGAACUGAUAAAGAGUAAGUGUAAGAUUUAAGGGAUCUCUAAAUUUAAAAUAAAUAAAUUUGGAGAUAGAAACAUGAUAUGUUAUUGUUUCAGUAUUAUCUUAGAUGUGAAAGUUUUAUAGCUUAAAUAUAGUCAGUGUUUUAUUAAUGAAACAAAUUCUCCCGGAGUCAACCUUGAAAGGUUAACCUUGCCUUUUAUUUUGGGGUCAAUGAAGUUAAUUAUUAAAUCUGUUAAGAUGUACUUCUCUUUCUUUUACAUAUUUUUCUUUUUCUUUUUCCCUGCUGUUGUUUAUUGCUUAACUAAGAGAGAAAUUAAGAGAGAAAAAUCCGAGAAUUUGAGAUAAUCUUCUUAGCAAAAACCAGAAUUCUCAUAGCUCCCCUCUAAAAAAACCUUCAACAUAUGUGAAUGUUUGUCCAAUACAAAUUACAGAUCAAUUUGGUAAUAUUUACCUUGUCAACUGAUCUUGUGAAUUCAGUGAUAGUUUGAGCUGUGCUAUAUUAUUAAGGAACAGACUAAAACUUAACACAUAACAAAUGUUUCCCACCCAGUUUUAUGGUCAUUUAAAUGGGAAUAUAUUCCUUCAAUUUAACAUUAAAAUGCAUAUACAUAUUUAUAUGUCCUUGAUAUGUAUAUAUUUGAGUGGAUUUUGGCAUCACUCAUUUGACUGUUAUCGAAUUAUAGAUAUUAAUACAUCAUAAUCCCAAUCAUUUUAUAUAUUGAAAUAAUAUGUGUAGUGUUCCAGCCUUUUGGGGACCCUUUAAAAUAUAUAAAACUAAUCCAUCACAUAUGACACAAAAAGCACACACAUUCACAUAAUUUCAGCAGUAACAUUUUCUCAAACUUUUGGCACUACUACAUUAAUAUUUUGAAUGAUAGACUAUUUUAGUAAGGUUCUAUUUCUAUAUAAUUUAGCUGGAUAAACGUCUGUUUGUUGUAAUUGCUUUUUAAACAAGAAAAUGAUUUUCUUGUUGAGUCACUCUGCUUUAAUUAAAACCUUUCAUUCAUCAUUUUACAAUUAUGGGGAAAAACACACAUCCAUCUGCCUUAUCACAUGCAUUAAAAAUAAGGAUAGUCUCACUUUAUGUAUUACAGUUAUAUUCAUUCAUUCAACCUUAAGAAAGUUUCUUUAAUUAUUUAGCCCUUUAUGUCAUUGUAUAUAAUCUCACUUGAACAAAUUUUUUAUGCCAUAUAUUUAUGCAUUAGUUUUUUAUGUCAUAGUAACAGUUCUAAUUUGCAUUUAAAUUCUUAAAUUAUAUCAUUAAUCUACAAAAACAAACAAUAAGAAAAAACAAAAA